CACUUCCUCAAUAUGGCUGACCAAAGGAUAACUGUUGUUAUUGAUAAUGGAUCGGAUACGAUCAAAGCUGGAUUUGCCGGAGAUGAUACCCCGAGGUACAUAUUUCCAUCCUUUGUGGGAAAACCAAGGCACAGGGCAAAAUUGUUUGCUAGAGGAAAAAAGAACAGUUUUGUAGGACAAGAAGCACAGCUUAAGAGAGGUAUCCUCGCUGUGAGGAAUCCCAUUCAGAAUGGCAUCAUUACGAACUGGGACGACAUGGAACUAAUCUGGAAUCACAUCUUCCUUAAUGAGCUGAGAGUUACACCGAAAGAGCAUCCAGUAUUACUAACAGAGGCACCGAUUAAUCCCAAAGUCAAUCGUGAAAAAAUGGCUCAAAUUAUGUUUGAGACCUUCAACUCUCCUGCUAUACAUAUAGGCAAUCAAGCUGCGCUGUCACUGCUCCAUUGUGGUAGAACCAAUGGUGUUGUAAUGGACUCUGGGGAUGGUGUAUCCCAUGCCGUUCCUAUCAAUGACGGACGCGCCUUGCCCCAUGCAACCCUACGUUUGAAUAUGGCAGGCAGAGAUUUAACACGAUACCUUUCUAAAAUGUCUACCGAACGUGGAUAUUCCUUUACAUCGUCAACUGAGUUUGAAACCAUGCGUAAAAUCAAGGAAAACCUUUGUUAUGUUGCUCUAGACUUUGAACAAGAAAUGAUGUCCAAAUCAGAGAAAACCUAUGAACUUCCUGAUGGACAAGCCGUCACUUUAAGCAAUGAAAGAUUCCGUUGUCCUGAGGCUUUGUUUAAACCUUCGGCCUUGGGAAAAGAAGAAGAUGGUGUCCACAAAAUGGUGCACAAUUCCAUUAUGAAGUGUGAACCUGAGAUAAGACGAGACCUGUACGCUAACAUCGUUCUCUCUGGAGGAUCCACCAUGUUUCCAGGAAUAACUGAACGCAUGCAGAAGGAAAUAUCCGCGAUUGCUCCUAGCAAUGCAGAAAUCAGAAUUAUCUCUUCCCCGGAGAGGAAGUAUUCUGCAUGGAUUGGUGGAUCCCUUCUUUCUUCACUCUCCACCUUCCAUACAUUGUGUAUUAAUAAGCAAGAGUAUGAUGAGGGCAGACCAACUGUUGUCCAUAAAAAGUUCUAA